AUGACCCUCCGCAGGUGGGAGCAAUGCAAGUUCGCGGCCACGCCGCCCGCAUUCGGCGUGUGCAGCGACGCGCAGCGGGCCGAGGGAUUGCAAAUGGCUGGGCGGCUGUUCAACGGCGCACCCAUGCAGCUGCAGCCCUGUGACCUGCACAGCUAUAUACGCGGCCGCACACUUUGGAUCAUUGGGGACAGCCACUCAAAGCAGCUGUUCAAGGCAAUACAAUGCUUCCUGAUCGACUUCUGGGACCAGCAGGAGUGCCUUGUCAGCAAUAACGAGAGACUCAACCAGCAGCUGGACAACCUUCCGGUGCUCAAGGGUGACAGCAAGUGCAUCCAUGUGCUGGGCAGCGGCCGUGUAUGCUUCGUCGGCGCCGUGCUGGGGACGAGCCUGCUGGACAACCCCAAGGUGGCGAGCGGCGGCGUCCUGAACCUGCUGAGAAAGCGCCUGGCGGACCCCCAGGAUAUUUUUGUGAUCAAUUUUGGAGUCUGGCAUGUAAAGGAUGGGAACGCUGGGCUCGAGCAAUACAACAAGGCACUGGAGCGGCUGGGGAGCGACUACAAGCUCAACAAGGCAUCAUGGCCUCACGUCUUCUUCCGAGAAACGCCCAUGUCCCACUCCAAAGACAUGAAAAGCAACAUCUGCCUUGCGGCGCCUCAAGGCUGGGGCCUGGAUUAUGGGCGGGGCCGCCUGUACAUCCAGCCGCUCGCCCGCUCGGCCGCGGUGCAGUCGCUGGUGAGCGGCGGCCCCCUCAACGCCCCGGCGCGCACAAUCCUGUCUGGCAAGUAUGCGAUGCCGGUCAUCGGCGGCUUUGCGUAUUCUGUGCCGCUGCACGGGUCGCACCCCGGUCUGCGCGGCACGCCGGCGCUGGACUGCCUGCACUACUGCAGCCACGGCCUCCCUGAGAUCAUCACUUUUGAGCUGUUUCGAACCUUCCAAAGCGGCAUCACGGGCGUGGAGCCCUUAGAUUGGCCAGACCCCACCAGCCGUCUCAACUGCACCCCCACCAACGGCAAGUACCGGUGA